UAGUUCAAGUUGCCAUAGCUGCAAGGCUGGGGAGACCAGAGUCGGUUGCGCCGCAGCAUUUGGUUAGUUGCACCUUCUGGGUCACCGGUAGCCGCGGGAGCCGGGUGGAGCCUCGGCGAUGAUCCGGCAUUAAAGACCUGGGGUCGUCCUCUGUCUCAGGUGGUUUGGGGAAAGUGUAGGGGCAACCAAAGACCAUCUACUUGACUAGGCCUUUUGCCCCGAACCUCAUGAAGAAAUGAUAGGAGGCAGACCUACGUGCCUAAGAAGAGCACUAAGCUCAGAAGAGAGCAACACGGAGUUUUGGGGGUGUGCUUUGUGUUCCAUCAGAUGCAGGAGUUUGAACAUCUUUUAUUGCUCAAAGUAAUUGAAAUUAUUAGUUGAAGACUUUGUGUGUAUGUACUGGUGAAACUCAUGCUGGAAAGUGUGAUUCUAUUUUAUUAAAAGUAUGUAAUCCCAGUGGGGGAUUUAUAUGAAUCAAUGGCAGAAUCAUCCAGUGAGUCAGACCACUUACACUUUCGUGACCGAUUGAGUCGAUGGACUGCCAGGUCAACCCACAGGGAAACUGGAAGUCAUCCUACAGCAGAAGUCACUGAGAAGGUCAACAGUAUAACGAGUACUUUACAGGAUACCAGUCGGAACCUGCGGCAAAUGGACCAGAUGCUUGGACGAUACCGAGAAUAUAGUAACGGACAGGCGGGUGCUAUAGAACAGUUAAAAGAAAGCUUGGAACAAUCAAUAGACCAACUGCGAAGUCAACGUUUAUUGAGAAACUCAGCAAGGAGAAGUAUUUCUGUUACAAGUCUGAAUGCAAGUGACCUCGAUGGUGGCCCUGUGGCAGACAGCCAUCGUUUUCCACCUACCUCACCUCUCAAGGACUAUGGGGAUCCACAGGGUGUUAAACGAGUUAGAUCCAGAUCUGGUAUCCAGUUUGUUCGAGAGCCUGCUGAUAUGGUCCAGUUUCAUGCUUUUCAUCAGUCCCUCCGAGACCUCAGCAGUGAACAAGUUCGCCUUGGAGAUGAUUUCAACAGGGAACUUUCCAGAAGAAGCCGGUCAGAUGCUGAAACAAAAAGGGCUUUGGAAGAAUUGACUGAAAAACUUAAUGAAGCCCAGAAAAAAGAAGUGAUUUCAGAUCGGGUGGAGCAGCGGCUUCAGGAAAUAGAAAGAGAGAUGCGCACAGAAAGAAAGGUGGUAGAAAGACGUCAGGAUCAACUGGGACUUAUGUCCUUGCAGCUGCAGGAGGCUCUGAAGAAACAAGAAGCUAAAGCAGAUGAGAAUGAGGGAGCAAUAAAAAAUAAGCUAAGACAAACUGAAACUGAGAAGAAUCAACUUGAACAAGAAUUGGAGCUAUCUCGAAGGUUAUUAAAUGAAUCAGAAGGCAGCAGAGAAACACUUUUGCUUCAGGUAGAAGAACUGCGUACACAACUUACCAAAGCAGAAGGUGAUCGAAAGGGUUUACAGCAUCAAGUAUCUCAGAUUUCCAAGCAACAGUCUAACCAUGAGGAUGAACAAGGAGUUGACUGGAGGUUUAGAAGAGGGAUUGAGCGAGAAAAACAGGAUCUGGAGAAGCAGAUGUCAGAUUUGAGAGUGCAGCUGAACUUCAACGCAAUGGCAUCUGAGUUAGAGGAACUGAAGCGGUGCAUGGAGCGAAAAGACAAGGAGAAAGCACAUUUGGCAGCACAAGUAGAGAAUUUAACACGUGAAUUGGAGAAGAGGGAAAAACAACAACUGCAGAUGUUGGAUGAACUUAAGGAGAUCCAGAAUCACUUUGACACACGUGAGGCUGAGCGUAAGCAUGCUGACCUUCAGAUCUCAGAGCUGACUCACCAUGCCGAGGAUGCAACCAAGCAGGCCGAGCAGUACCUCAGUGAGUUACAGCAGUCAGAGGCCCUGAGAGAGGAGGCAGAGAAGAGGAGAGAAGACCUGAAACUGAAAGCUCAAGAAUCCAUUAGGCAGUGGAAGCUUAAGCAUAAGAAAUUAGAGAGAGCAUUGGAAAAACAAUCUGAAACUCUUGACCAAUUGUCAGACAAGAAUACUCAGAUUUUAAAAGAAAAGGAUGAAAUGAAAAGUCAGCUGUAUGCAACGUUACAACAAACAGAGAGUCUUCGAAAGGAAUUGAAUGAUGUCCUAACCAAGCGUGCCCUUCAAGAGGAGGAGCUUCACUUGAAGGAGGAGAAACUAAGUGAUAUUAAGUGUCAUCAAGCUGACCUUGAACUAGAAGUCAAGCGUUCCCUGGAUACCAUUCAGAGACUAGAAAGUGAAUUGAAAAAGCAGAGUAAGACUCAAAGCCAGGUGAGAACUGAGAAAGUUCACCUAGAGGAAGAAAUUGCAGAGCUCAAGAAAAGCCAGGCCAAGGACAAAGCUAAACUUCUUGAGUUGCAAGAGUCCGUGAAGGACUUGAGUGCCAUCCGAGCAGAUCUUGCUAAUAAAUUGGCCGAGGAAGAGAGAGCCAAGAAAGCGGUGCUGAAGGAACUUUCUGACCUCACGGCACAGGUGAAAUCCAGGGAUGAAGAAACAGCUGCAGUCAUCACACAGUUAAAGUUAGAGCGCGAUGUUCACCAGAGGGAGCUGAAAGAUCUCACAUCAUCAUUGCAGAAUGUGAAAACAAAACACGAGCAAAAUAUCCAGGAGCUGAUGAAGCACUUUAAGAAAGAAAAGAGUGAGGCUGAGAAUCAUAUUAGGACACUGAAGGCAGAAAGUUUAGAAGAUAAGAAUAUGGCUAAAGCCCAUCGUUGUCAGAUGGAGAAGUUGAAAUCACAGUGUGACAGAUUGACAGAGGAAUUAAUGCAGAAUGAAAGUGCGAACAAAAAAUUGAAGCUAAAAUAUCAGUGUUUGAAGGACCAACUAGAAGAAAAGGAAAAACAUAUAAGCAAUGAAGAAGAGCACUUAAGGAGGAUGGAAGAGGCCAGAUUGCAGCUCAAGGAUCAACUUCUUUGUUUGGAGACUGAACAAGAAUCCAUUCUUGGUGUGAUAGGAAGGGAAAUUGAUACAGCUUGUAAAACCUUUUCCAGAGACUCGAUGGAGAAAUUGAAAGUUUUUUCUUCUGGUUCUGAUACACAUUAUGACCCACAUCGCUGGUUAGCAGAAAGCAAGACUAAACUUCAGUGGCUCUGUGAGGAACUGAAAGAGAGAGAAAGCAGAGAGAAAAAUCUGCGACACCAGCUCAUGCUCUCCAGACAACAACUCAGGGAUCUGACCGACAACAAGGAAGCUGAGCUCCAGUGUCUGUUUCAACAGAUAGAAAGGCAGGAGCAGCUUCUGGAAGAAAUACAUCGGGAGAAGAGAGAUCUGCAGGAAGAGACCCAAAGAAAAGAUGAAGAAAUGGGAUCUCUGCAGGAACGUGUAAUUGCAUUAGAAACGAGUACCCGAGUGGCCUUGGACCAUCUGGAGUCUGUGCCUGAGAAACUGAGCCUACUAGAGGAUUUCAAAGACUUCAGAGAUACCCACAGUUCAUCUGAGAGAAUUGAUGGGAGAUAUUCUAAAUACAGAGUUCACAGAGAUUCUCUUCAGCAUCACCAAGAUGACAACAAGUACAGAAACAAAAGUUUCAAAGAUGACAGAACCUUUGCGGAUGGUUCCUACACUCGUGAGUUAGAUCUCUCACCCUCUUGGCAGGACCGUAGUCGCUUCCUGUCUAGUCCACGAUAUUCACACUUGAACUCAUUUUCCAAAAGAACUGUUGCUCCAGAUUCAGCUUCAAUCAAGGAAGAUGCCACAAGUUUACCAAUGAAUGGAACAAGUCCACAAUCCAAAAAUGAGGAAUAUGAGAGCUAAAAAAGCAAACUUAGUUACUUUACAUGAGUGUUUUACAAAUAAUAACAUCUGUUCUUGCAGCGGUUCGGCCCAGAUUAUCUAACAGACAUACCUGCAGUUUCAGCUCUUCGGUAUUGCCAAGCACUGAAUAAAAUGACGAUACGGUGGUCUUUGUAAAUGAUAUGAGUCAAACCAAUCCAAAUAAUAUCAGCUUCUGAAUGACAUGCAGCUAAUUUAUUGGCAACUUAUAUGAGCACAGAAAGAGUGAUAUUUUUCACUUUGCAAUUUCCUUUUUAAGCAUGGUCAGUCACAUUUUCCUGACCAAAAUUUGGAUUUAUAAUUGAGGCCUUUCAAAAAUUACUGGCUAAAAAAGGAGGAAAAUGAGAUCCCCUCGAGGCAAAAGUGGCCAGCACUUUAGAUUCAGGGAGCAUUUAUAUACAAUUGAUUUUUAAUAAAUGCAUUCUCCCUAAUAAAUUAUCAUGUGUUAUAACAUGUCAUGGAGAUAUGCAUAUAUAAUACUAGACAGUCUACUUUAUAAAUGCUCAGGAUUGUUACAUCCAUCAUCUCAGCAGUCUUUUACUACAUGCGGUAACUUAAAAUUAUUUCCAAUCAUCCAUUUUUAAUAGCCAUAAAGAAUUUAUAAAUGAUAUCUGAAUUGUAACGCAUUGUAAAGAAUUCAUAGCACAAUUUAUUUAUUUAUCUUUGGGUGGCCAAAUAUCCCACUUUGAUGACUUCAGUCGUAAUCUGCACCAUCUUUGGUUUACUGUAACCAAAAUCACAGCACCAAACUCCUAUGUCCAUGAGAUUUACUCUGCAAGAGUUAUCGUAUAAUUUGGUACUGUCUGCUUCUAGCAUCCCAGCUUUUUUGGACAUCAAAGUGUUUUUGAGAAUUCUUCCCUUUACAUGCUGACCUACCAAUGGAGAAAGAUUUAUAUUAAAUGCUAAAGAAUGGCAAACUUCGAGGAACUGAAUCUUACUGGGCCAUUGUGGGAAGAUUCUGCACAGAAACAAGGACAAUAAAGCAAUACCUUUGUAAAGGGCAUUAUAUUUUGUGUUUGUCAAAGUAUAUUUGCUUGUCAGAUUUCUCACGUUUCAUAAAGAUGCUUCUAUUUA